AUGACUUGCCCGGAUCUUGAUUCUCGAUUCUCGACUCUCGACUCUCGACUUUUGACCCUUGACUCUUCUUUAUCUGUUUGGACUCUCGAAGUCAGCCCUAUUCUUUCGGCCCAGUCCCAUGGCGGACCUCUCCGCGCGUCAGAGUACGGCGUGUCCCGCGAACGAGCAGUGCGCAGCCGACAUAGUCACCCCCAUAACCACCAUCACCAUCACCACCAAAGUCUCAGUCUCACUCUCAAUAUCAACCAUAGUCGCCGUCGCAGAACCCUUAUCCUCAUCCUCAUCCUCAUCUUCAACUUCAACCUCAACUCCAACUCCAACCAGCACAUCAACCUCGCACACCAGCACCGCGCCCCCAACCUCCUCCAUAACCCCCAUCACAACUUUCUCCACGACCAUGUCCCCGACAACCCUAAGCACAACCCCCACCACCCCGACCAGUACCAGUACCACCAAAUCAACAUCCCACCCCUCCCCCGCCAUAAUCGGCGCCAUAGUCGGCAGCGUCCUCGGCUUCAUCCUCCUCGUUGCCCUAAUCGUCUACUCGAUCCACCGAUCCCGAAAGCGACGACGACGGCGCCGUCGCCGAUUCACCCUGCUGCGCUGGCGCGGACCAACCAGGGACUGUUCUUCGCCUUCGCCUUCGCCUUCGCGGGGGGUGGAUCCUGA